AUGUAUGUCCUCCUGCAUAACUCAACACAAGGAUCUACGACUGACUGGUUUACUCCAGGUACAUCAACUGGUCGCAAAUGCGAUGGUUAUCAAACCAACACACCUAGUCCCCCAGCUGCGUCACCCCCAUCACCUAUCCCCUCUCCAACCUCUGUCAUCUCCACAUAUACCACUCGUCCCGAGGCACGAUCAUUCCAGUUCUUCAUCGAAAAGACCCUGGUCAACUUCCAAACCUUCUUUGAAGAUGACCUUUGGAAUAGAAGAGUUCUACAAGUCGCUCAAUCCACGGACUGUAUAAAACAUGCUAUCGUCGCCUUGGCUUAUUACCAUGAACUUUACCUUACUCAUGAACAGUGGAGGAGCCUUGAGUCUGUUUCUGCACUAAAACACUACAACCUUGCUAUCAAGGAACUUCUCAACCCAUCACCUAGAAUCUCAUCACAAGGUCAUAUCCUUGUGCUGUCAUGUUUGAUUUUCAUCUGCAUUGAGCUUCUUCAUGGAAAGACUGAUUCAGCCAUUGGUCUAUUUCGCUAUGGCUGUGCCAUGAUCCAACAAUUCAGAAGGAACUUCUCUAGCAACGGAGGCCGUCGCCCUCAUUCGAAUUCUGACGUCGAAGCAACCUUUAAUCUCGCUGAUGCCUGCUUCAGACGUAUUGCGGUGCAACUCCUUAUGCUCUUGGGGGACGUUGAUGCAGGCGUUUGGACAUCAUACCGUGAGACCUUCAGUAAUACACUUCCGCCUCCUGGAGCUUCAUUUCCAUCCCUUUCUGAUGCAAGAGAAGCUAUACUGGAGCUUCUUGUUGAACAAGCCAGUCCCGGUUUGAAGGGAAAGCCAAUCUACGAGACAGUAUCAUAUGCUACAAAGGUCGAGCAAUGGGGCCAGUCAUUUAAUAAUCUCUUGACUAAGCUUGAGAACAGUGGCGGAAGCUUAAGUAUCAGUGAGAAACGAGCAAUCGCUCUAUUGCAGCUUCAUCGAAAGUACCUGGAGAUUAACGUCGCCAAGUAUUUGCACGGUCAAGGCGACCCUUGCUUUUGGGAUCGCUUCACCGCUGAAUUUGACGAAAUUGUCAACUUCGCGGCCACGGCAGCCGGACUUGACAAGAACUACACUCAAAGGAACUGGGCAAAAGACUCUCCCUCAGAGGCACACUUCCACGUCGACCUAGGGUAUACAUCAGUCUUAGUUUCGGUCAUCGCACGAUGCCGCGAUCCACAUGUUCGAAGAAGAGCAAUCGCAGUCAUGCUAGCAGAGCGUGUACAAGAAGGCGUGUUUAAUGGAACCCAGUCAGCCAGAGUUGGGGCAAAGGUGAUGGAACUUGAAGAGGCCAGGAGUGGAAGAGAGGUGAGAUGUAGUAGUGACAUACCUGAGAGUGCGAGAGUUAGAACUAUUCGUGUGCAUAUGCUGGGGCCUGAAAAUAAAAAGGUGAAGAUGGUGUAUGGGUUCGACCAAGGAUAUUGCGAGGAGGUUAGAGAGAUGGCUGAGUAG